AGUGGCUGUUGCGUGUUUUGGCGAAGGUCGCGGCGGGGAUAAGUGCUGUGCUUUCCGAGUCGAGAGGAGGAAAACCAGGGAGUGGGAGGCGAAAAGAAGAGUCCUGAGCGCUCGUUUCCGGGAGCGACGUCUACUCUGGAGAGGCAGGCUUUUUGUUGCUCUUGAAGAUGUGGACAAACUGCUUUGGACGAUAUGUUCCACCACCUGCUCUCUUGCCCAACUUGGCUCAUUUCAUCUGGCAGUCACAUUAUUAGAGAUGGCCUGGCUGAUCCAUCAUGUCAUUGGCAGAUGAGCUCCUGGCUGACCUCGAGGAGGCAGCUGAAGAAGAGGAUGGUAGCUUUGCGGAUGAGGAGGAUGAAUCUCCCAUUGAAGAUGUCCAGGAAGAAAUGCAGCUGGAUUUGGCAACUGAUUCGGUCAAGAGUAUUGCUAAGCUCUGGGACAGCAAGAUGUUUGCUGAAAUCAUGUUGAAGAUUGAGGAAUACAUCAGUAAACAGCCAAAAGCAUCUGAAGUUCUGGGCCCAGUGGAGGCUGCUCCCGAAUACAGAGUCAUUGUGGAUGCCAACAACCUCACAGUGGAGAUUGAAAAUGAGCUGAACAUUAUUCACAAGUUCAUCCGGGACAAAUAUUCCAAGCGAUUCCCAGAACUGGAAUCCCUUGUCCCCAAUGCUCUGGACUACAUCCGGACUGUCAAGGAAUUAGGCAACAGCUUAGACAAAUGCAAGAACAAUGAGAAUCUUCAGCAGAUCCUCACGAAUGCUACAAUCAUGGUGGUCAGUGUCACAGCAUCCACAACACAGGGGCAACAGUUAACGGAGGAAGAGCUGGAGCGCAUUGAGGAAGCCUGCGACAUGGCUCUAGAGCUGAACCAGUCCAAGCACCGCAUCUAUGAGUACGUGGAGUCCCGCAUGUCCUUCAUCGCUCCCAACCUGUCCAUUAUUGUGGGAGCCUCCACUGCAGCAAAGAUCAUGGGCAUUGCUGGUGGCCUCACAAACCUCUCCAAGAUGCCGGCUUGCAACAUCAUGCUUCUGGGAGCCCAGAGGAAGACUCUGUCUGGGUUUUCCAGCACUUCUGUCCUGCCUCACACCGGCUACAUCUACCACAGCGACAUUGUGCAGUCGCUGCCUCCGGAUCUGCGGAGGAAGGCAGCACGGUUGGUGGCUGCCAAAUGCACACUGGCAGCGCGUGUGGACAGCUUCCAUGAGAGCUCCGAAGGGAAGGUUGGUUAUGAUCUCAAGGAGGAGAUUGAGAGGAAGUUCGACAAGUGGCAGGAGCCGCCCCCUGUCAAGCAAGUGAAGCCCUUGCCAGCCCCUUUGGAUGGACAGAGGAAGAAACGUGGAGGGCGCAGGUACCGUAAGAUGAAGGAGCGCCUUGGCCUGACAGAAAUCCGCAAGCAGGCAAACCGGAUGAGCUUUGGAGAGAUUGAAGAGGAUGCUUACCAAGAAGACCUUGGAUUCAGUUUGGGCCACCUGGGCAAAUCUGGGAGUGGCCGUGUCCGACAGACACAAGUCAACGAGGCCACGAAGGCACGCAUCUCGAAGACAUUACAGCGUACACUCCAGAAGCAGAGCAUGGUGUAUGGAGGGAAGUCAACCAUCCGGGACCGCUCCUCGGGUACUGCAUCCAGCGUGGCUUUCACUCCGCUGCAGGGUCUGGAGAUUGUGAACCCACAGGCAGCUGAAAAGAAGGUAGCUGAAGCCAAUCAGAAGUAUUUCUCCAGCAUGGCUGAAUUCCUAAAGGUGAAGAGUGAGAAGAGUGGCAUCAUGUCCACCUCCUAAGACACAGUUCCUCUUGGCAUAGAUGCUACCCCCUUCUAACUAAUACCUGGAACCUUAAGCCAGAUGUAGGCAGAAGGGCCUGUACAGAGGACAUGGGCCUUUCUUGGCAUUCCAAAGACUGACCCUUCGAAACUCUCCAGUUUGACUGGUCCUUUUCACUUGUUCCAGACUGGAGAAGGGAGCCCAGUUCUCUUCCUUAGGAUAUGGACUAGUGAACUAAAAGGGGAAGCUGAGCUGUUACCUACCCUUUGGAUCCUUCUUACAAUUAGACUUAAGUUCAGGCCAGCUGGGUUGUAAAAAUGCCUCUGUAACAUGCUGGUGAUUUCAAGGGAUACUCUGGGAUAGUGUUCAGGUGAGGGCUUGUGAGCCCCAGUGAGGGCUUGUGUAUAUCUCUUCACAGAAAAUGAGAUUAAAGUUUGUCCUGCAGUUAAGUGUAAAAAGACUGUGUUUGAAAUUAGUCGGGAAGUGUGAGUUUGCGGACUGUGUCAGGACUUGGCAGCAGUGUUCCCUGUAACAGGGAUUUCCAGAUGUUGUUGACCACAGCUCCCAGAAUCCCCAGCUGCAGUGGCCUUUGGCCGAGGAUUCUGGGAAUUGACAUCAACAACAUCUGGGAAUCUGUUACAGGGAACACUGGGUGGCGGGGCAAGAUGGAUUACAGCAGUAAACAGUGCAAUGUAGAUCUGUUGUGGGUUUUCCUUGUUAGAGAAGUAAAUUAAACUGAAAUUUCAAAAUGUC